AUGAUAAGACGUUGGGUUGGUAACGAUCUGGAAGAUAUCUACCAUAUGGCUGUUAUGUUGGAGCGUGAGGAAGUAUUAAAACAAUGUCAAUUGAAAGCAGUAGAGGGUGGUGAAAGAAUAGAAGAUCAACUUGUAGAUGCCUUACGACAGGUAAUAUAUGCCCAACGUAAUGGUGAGGAAAUAGAUAGACGAUUUUUCUUCUUGUUUAUCUCUACUACUCUGUGUUACACUACUAAUGCCAACACCUCUUCGGAGAGACAGCAGUGA